UCAUGAUGCUCUGCUGGUAAGAGGAAAUGCUGAGCCAAUGACCAGUGAGAACAAAUAACCCUUCAUCAGCUAAACAGAAUACGCAGCUCUGUACCAUAGGCAAUUUGGAGUCAAUAUGGAGUUAAUAGCGAAAAGCUCAUCUACUGGAACCCACCUGGCAGUCUGACAGAAGCAAAGUGUCUUCACCUAUGGCCAGUCUGGAGAGAAAUAACAAGAUCCUGCUGGAUUUGGUGCGUCAGCCAGGGAACAGCUCAUGUGCUGACUGUGGAGCUCCGGAGCCCGACUGGGCGUCCUACACUCUCGGCAUCUUUGUGUGUUUGAACUGUUCGGGGAUGCAUCGCAACCUGCCCUCUGUCAGCAAAGUCAAAUCCAUACGUCUGGAUCUCUGGGAAGAUUCACUCAUAGAGUUCAUGCGAGAGAGAGGAAAUUCUGCAGCCAAAGCCAUUUUUGAGAAGUUUGUCCCUGCCUUCAUUUAUCAGCCACAGCAGAAAGACUGUAUCGUUCUCAAGGACCAGUGGAUCCGAGCAAAGUAUGAAAGGAGAGAAUUCACGGCAGAAAACAACUUCCUUUAUCAGUCCUAUUAUGCAGAUCCAUUUGAGUCAACGCUGUGGAAAAAGGGCAAAGACAACAAGCAGUUUCUAAAGAGAAUCUUUCUGCUGUCUCGGAAAGACUUCACCCUAAAAUACUUCAUUAAAGAGGAUUCCAAGGUUCCCAAAGCUGUCAUCUCCAUGAAGGACCUGAAUGCAGUUUUCCAGCCAGAGAAGAUCGGCCACGCUCACGGGCUGCAGAUCUCCUACCUGCAGGGCGACCGCACCAGGAACCUGUUUGUGUACCACGAGAACGGGCAGGUGAUCGUGUCAGUGUUCAACGCCAUCCGAGCGACGCGCUUCGCGUACCUUCAGAAGAAACAUCCCAGUCAGCAGGACAGCGAAUUGAUACCUCAGAUAACGAGACACUACCUGAAAGAGGGCUACAUGGAGAAAACAGGCCCCACGCAACGGGAGUCAUUCAAGAAGAGGUGGUUCACACUGUGCUCCAUAAGCAGAAAGCUUCUGUAUUUUAAAACGCCACUGGACGCCACAGAUCUGGGUUCCGUCUUCAUCGGCUCAGAGAGACACAACUACUCCGUUUCCGAGACCACCAGCAAGAGCUCGAGGAGCGGCCGGUGGCACCGCGGCAUCGCCCUGCAGACCCCCACCAGGCAGUUCGUGUUCAUGUGUGAGCAGGAGCAGGAGCAGGCGGAGUGGCUGGAGGCCUUCAGAGCGAUCAUCUCCCAACCCAUGACCCCGGAGGACUAUGCUAAUGAGGCCAACUUGAGAAGAGGGAAAUAACUGGAACCGUUCAGGAUGCAUCGGACUAAACAGAAAAGAGGCUUAACAAAUCAACACAAACAAAACACUUUACUGGCACGGCUACAUGCAGUAUUUCUUCAUUCUACUGCAUUGUCAUUGCAAAGAUCUCUAUGGAAGUAAUUCCUAAAAGUAUUCUUUUUUUAAUACACCAUUAAUGCUGGAACCAAAUAUUGUAUAUUUUGUAUCGUAUGCAGAGGCAGUAUGUAUACUUUGCUUUUUCACUAUAUAUGUAUAUAAAUUAUAACUGUUUAAUGCUUUCUGGUUUUAUGUAUACAAACUGUAAAUAAUGUGAAUGAAUGUAGCACAGCAGAUCUGUACCUUUUUACUUUAUUUUAGUGAUACUACCCUGCUGAUAAAGGAACAAAAAAUCUA